AUGUCUACGCCGGUUUCCGCGCCGCCAGAAGCCCAUUUCAACCCACCAAUGCCUAAACCAACUAACCAGGCUACCGAAGAGCCUAUUGUUUCCAGUGGAAGAAAGGUUGGUGCCUUGAGAAAAAUAUUUUUUCAGUGUCCCUCAAUUGUUGUUGCUUUCGUUCUUCUUUUGAUUUUGGCAAGAAUUCCAACAGUUCUAAACUUCACCUCUUCACCAUCGAAAGCUUGCAAUGAACUUCCACAAAUCAUUGAACGUCCAAAAUUCCGGCCAAAAGUUGGCGAUAUAGGUUUCCAGGGUUUUUUCCCACCGAAAGUUUCAACUUGUUCAGGAUUUGGUUUUGCAUGCAACGAUGAUGUUUCAAAAGUUAUUUCAACAUCAAAACGUUGUGAUGGAAAAUAUGAUUGUUCAAAUAAAUCGGAUGAGGAAAACUGCGAGACUUGCCAAACAAUCUUCCAAUGCCCCUCCGAACUAAUUGAAGAAGAUGAGAAUAAAUCUAUGAUUUGCUUGACAGCUUCUCAACUUUGCGAUGGAGUUCAACAUUGUCCAGAUGGUUCAGAUGAAACAUCCUGGUGUAGUGAGUUAUUAUUUUUUUUUAGAAAGUGAAGUAUUUUUUUGUUUUUAGAGUCGAAUUGUUCUGCUGAACAAUUCAAGUGUCCUGGGCAAAAUGUUUGUCUUCCAAAAAGUGCAAAAUGCGAUGGAAUUGCUGAUUGUGAAGAUAAAAGUGAUGAGAAAGAUUGCAUCGAUUGUGAAGCUAAAGCACAUGUGAGUUUUUUUCGAAUUUCGAAAGUAUCGAUUAAUUCUUCAGAAGUGCGGAGAAAUGUGUGUAAAAAUGAGUGAAGUUUGCGACGGAAUUGCGCAAUGCGACGAUGGAAGUGAUGAGAAAGGAUGUGAUUGUGAAUCAUGUUGCGGAUCAGACAAAGCGCUUUGCGACGACGGAACUUGCAUUCUUCGCUAUCAAGUUUGCGACGGAAAACACGAUUGUUCCAACGGAAUGGAUGAAAAGGAUUGCCCAGGAAGAUGUUUGGUCAAGGAAUCUGCAAUGAAGAAGCGAGUAACUUGUUCCGAUGGUCGAGAAUACACCGAAGAAGAAGCAUGUUCGGGAGAAUUUCACAAAUGUUAUUCGAAUUGUCCGGAAAACUGCAAGGCAUUCCAUUGCCCCAUUGAUAAGAAAUGUAUUUCACGCAGUGCAGUAUGCGAUGGUUACGUUGAUUGUGUAGACGGUGCCGAUGAGCGAAAUUGUAGCUGCAACGAGAUCGAGCGAUUCAAAUGCGAUCGAAAAUGUAUUGAUUUUGAGCGAAAAUGCGAUGGUAUUUUGGAUUGUGUCGAUAUGAGCGAUGAAUAUAAUUGCGCAACAUGCGCCAGCGGAGCAUUUACAUGUGCUAUUGAUCAAACAUGCCUUCCAUCUAGUACAAGAUGCGAUGGAGUUGAUAAUUGUUCAGAUGGAAGUGAUGAAAAGGAUUGCUCAUGUGAUGGUAAUUUUUUUUUCUUUAUUUUUUUUCUGAUGAAAAUAAUGGCUCUAUCGCAAUAGGGCCCGUUUUUUUUGAGGAUCCAUUUUUCUAAUUUCAAUUAUUUAUUUUUUUGUAAUUUUUUCAAAUUUUUUUUUAGCCAGUUAGUAUGUUUCCGGGGGGGGGGGGUUUACUAAGCCUAAGCCUAAAAUAAUAGACUCUGGUAACUCUAUUUUCGGCUUUUAAGCUUCAGAAUUAGGCUUAGGCUUAGUAAACCACCCGAAAAUACAAAAUAUCGUCAAAAAAUCAAGAAAAAUACAACAAAACAAUUGAAAAUUAAAAAAAAACACACAUUUUUUCCUUCAAAAAUCAAAAAAAACACGAACCCUUAUUUUUUUUGGGAGCCUUAUAUUGAGAUAGAGCCAAAAAUAAUAUUUACAGAGUGUAUCGGUGCACAUUCGACCACCUAUAUGUGUGAUGGUUCAACGAAAUGCUUGCUCAUCGAUGAAGUUUGCUCGCCAACUUCAAUCUGCCCAAAUGCCACUAGUUCUGAUGAAGCUUAUUGUGCAAUUCAGAUGUUUCGAAUUAAGAAAGGAUUUCCUUGGUGGAGCCAAUCGUGGGAAUUUUGA